AUGGCCGCCGUCCUGUCUCUCGGCCCAGGGCCAAAGGAUCUUGCACGACAGAUUCUAGAGCAUCAAGCCCCCAAAUACAGCUUCUCCUUCUCGCCAUUCCUGCUGGAGAACUAUCGCCAUGGCAUCACGCCAGACCGCCCUACGUGCAAGGCCUACCUUCAAGGCCACUGCCCUCUGGGGCCCAAAUGCCCUGACAGACACACAUCUGCGAACAAUAACUCAAAUUUCAACAAUCUAGUAUGCAAGCAUUGGCUGCGGGGUCUGUGCAAGAAGGGGGAGAGCUGCGAGUUCUUGCACGAAUACAACCUGAGAAAAAUGCCCGAGUGUAAUUUCUUUGCCAAGAAUGGAUACUGCUCGAAUGGAGAUGAAUGUUUAUAUCUGCAUCUCGACCCAUCCUCGAAGCUCCCACCCUGCCCCCACUACGAGAAAGGAUUUUGCCCCCUCGGACCAAUAUGCUCACAACGUCAUGUUCGCAAGAACCUCUGUGUAUUCUACCUAGCUGGAUUCUGUCCAGAUGGAAAGACAUGCAAGAACGCUCAUCCUCGCUGGCCGACCGACCUUCCCAAACCCACAGUAAAGGUUGAGAAAGACCCAGAAGAGCUAGCAGAAGAACAGCGCUUACUGAUGGAACGAGCUGAGAGAGAGCAAGCAGCUGAACGAGAACGCUACAAUGAUGGAGAAGGCGGAGGACGAGGUCGAGGAAGAUGGCACCAUGGUGGAGGAGGUCCGAACUGGGGUGGCGGACGAGGCAGAGGAGGCCAGCAAGGAAGAAGAGGACGAGGCUAUCACGGAUAA